CAUUACUUGGUUUGGCGAGCAGCAAGAUCAAGUCGAUAGGAUGAACCACAGAACCAAGAGAGGCAAAACCAUCGCAGAGAACGUACUAGCAUGGUCAAUCAACGACGACGCCAAGCGAUUCUACAAAAAGCUCAGCACGAUGCCAGGUAUUGCGAGGAAGAAGGAUAUACCUGACGAGCAAGUUCUUGAACUAGAUGAGGUAGAAGCGCCUGCGCCAUCAAUGAUAUCAUCGCAAGUACCUUUAGAUCAAUAUCGAUAUCCAAAGAUGAGGGCAAUUAUUAAGGCUACCGCUGAUGCAUCCUCAGCACUAUCCUUGGCCCUUUUUCUACUUGAAAAAGAAGCCAGGGAUGCUCUCAGGGAUGCAAACGCGGUAGUUCUAAGGCAACUUCUGCUUCUGGAGGUUCUGCGUCUUCUGGGUGUGAGCAAGAGAAGCUUAGGCUGGAAAAAAGUAAAGGAAAUAGUACAACUCCAACUAACUACAGUAAGCCACAAACUCUUAUAUCAACAUCAACAUCUUCUUCUUCUCCUGUGAUAUCGAGUAUAACGAACGCGAGCAACACUGUGAGAUAUUUCGA